GUAAUUCUAUUAUUCCGUUAUUCUAUCAUGGUAUCAAAGCUGAGGCUUUACACACACAAAAAUAAAUCCUAGCCCUAGCCGACUUUGGCCCUUCCUUCUCUGCCGAUCGUCGAGCUUCCUUUCCUCUUCACUGCCGAUCGUCAACUUCGGCUCUUCCUCUUCGAUUCAUCUCUGCCAGCCUACUAUUGCUCUCUUUCAUGGCCAAAUCAACUGAUCCCCUUGAUGCUCUUCCAACCGGGUUGAAGCUUUUUAUUAAAAAUCUCCAUUCUCUCUCUCCGGAAAAGCUGAAUGAUACAAAUUUUCCUUCGUGGAUCGCUACAACUUCAGCAAAUCUGCCUGCUCAUCGCCUCCUGGGUUACGUAGAUGGUACGAUCACAGCGCCUCCACCCACCAUCCCUGCCGCCGGCGACAAGGAUGCCUCUGCCAGCGUGGUUCCCAACCCUGCAUAUGAGGUUUGGUCAGUUAUCAACGCUCAAUUAUGCGCCUGUUUGCUUGCUAUUAUUAGUCCGUCUGUGCAAACUCACCUUCAUGGUCUUGACACUGCUACGACUAUAUGGGAUCAUCUUCAACUCCGGUAUAACUCUCUUUCUCGCACGCAUAUUUUCCAAUUAAAAGAACAGCUUCAUAAUGUUCAGAAAGGCUCGGAUUCUAUGCAACAAUAUCUUGAUUCUGUCACCAACAUUGUCGCUGCUCUUGAUCGGGCCAAAGCUGCUGUCCCUGAACAUGAUGUGAUAUUGGGUGUUCUUCGUGGAUUGCCGUCCGAGUAUGCUUCUAUCAAACAAAAUAUUCGGACCAAUAUUGCCAAUGUUACUUUCGCACAGUACAGUGGACCGCCCUCUCCAUCACCUCAAGCGUUUUAUGCGUCUCAAUCUACUUCCUCCAAUGGAAAUUGGUUCUUGGACACUGGCGCUAAUACCCAUGUCACACCGGAUCUGUCUCGCCUCUAUUCUUACACACCAUACUCUGGCACCGACUCUGUGACUAGUGCAGGUGGUCAUCCGCUACCCAUUGCUCAUGUUGGCUCAGAUCCUGGACAACAAAACCCACAAGGUGAGAUACAGAGGCCGUUGUGAGCAAGGACUUUAUAUGUUACCCUCCAAUUAUCAAGCGUCUCCCACCCUUGAGUCGUCUCCGUCCGUGCGGUCUGCCAUUCUUACAUCUCAGGAUUGGCAUCGUCGUUUGGGGCACCCUU